AGGGAAAACGGGGGAGGGGGUGUGUAGAAGAUAAAUCUGCAUUCUGCCUCCGCCGCUGGUCAGAGACACCAGCAGCAGCCACAGAGCGCGCUCAAGGAGACGCGCCAUCAGCCAGCAUCUCACCUGAUAAACAAAACAGUCGGCGAUAGAAAGAAGACGCCACAUUGACUUUUGAGCUUGCCGCUGUACAAAAGGAAAGAUACGCCAAAGGCGCCUGCGAGCAGCUAUGCGGCCACGUUCCAAACUGCUCUCCAAGGGAGAAUUGCUCCUGCCUACGAUCAGCGAGGGCACAGAGGAGACACCGAGAGAUUUGAAUGAGACCAACACGCAACGUGUUGCCGAAGGCGUCUCUUCUGACGACUACCUCCUCUCCAUCUGCCACCUGGCGCACCCCACGUUCCCUACCAGCGACGUUUCACCCAGUGCACACCAAGUAGACGGAGUGUAUGAGAGGAGGCGGGCGUCACGCCACAGCGAGACUAAAUCCUUGGCGAUCAACCACAAACAAAAUGGUGUGCGGCAGGUAGAAUGCAAUGAAAUAUUAGGCAGCUCAGACCCCUUGGAGUAUCUUUACGGCCAUCACAACAACCUUUCGACUUGUCAGUCAAGAUUCAAUGCGUGCCCACAUGAUGGAAGUCAACGCGAGAGUGAGUGGGAGAGGCCGGCUCGCUCAAGAGCUCACAGCAUCCCCCACGCUGCAAGUCCUGGUCUCCCACGGCAACGCAAGAGCAGCUGCCCUGAGAUACACGCCAAGAGUGCCACGACCAUUUCGAGCGUCUCCCCAAAACACAACCGACCCAUGCUGAUGGUCGAGAAGGGAAGUGUGUCAGACAGCAAAGCAGACGGUGAGGUGGUGAACCCGAACAAGAGGCACUCGAUGGUCUCACAGUGGAUUUCUGAUUGCAGGUCAGCCUGGAGGGAGGGACGAAUGCGAGCCUGCAUGCUCCCUGCCAUCACCGAGAUAUAGAACCUUCUAUCAGAAACAUUCAGUUAAAACAAACUUUUAGGCUAUUUCCACCAAGCAGUCCAAAAUUCUGCUCAGAAUGGCACAAAAUGAAAAGGUAAACUUCGGUCAGGCAUGAUUGCAGAUGGUGAUUACCAUGUCAACUACCAGAG